UCUGGGUAAUUACGGUAGUGGACGUCAUCCUCCUCCCCCACUCAGCAGGCUCAGCACAGCGCUCUCGCCGGUGAAAGAUUGGUCGGACAGCGCGGGUGCCAUUUGGCGCAGUUUUGAGCUACAUCCGUUAACAAAGGGCGUCUAGUUAUUUAUUUGUUGUCGUAUUUGUACAUUUUAUUUAACCCAUUUUGUCGUCAAACAUUCACAAUGAGCUCAAUUAACGUCAAAAAGCUGAAAGUUAACGAGCUGAAGGACGAGCUGAAAAAGCGUAAUCUUUCAGACAAGGGGUUGAAGGCCGAGCUGAUGGACCGCCUGCAGGCCGCGCUGGACGAGGAGGCCCUUGCCGGAGACUCCCCGCUGGACCAAGAAGCUGCGGCUGGUGAGGGUUUCGGCCAGGCCGCUGACCAGGAGGGUAUGGGAGAGGAAGAAGAGGGCGAGGGCCCGAUCGAGGAAAGCAUGGAGGCCAACGAGGAGGAGGGGGAGGAAGAAGAGCCGGAAAAUGGGGGCGACGGCGGUGGCGUUGCCGAGGACGAAGAGAUGGGUGAGGGGGAAGAGGACGGGGACGGGGACGGGGACGAGGAAGAUGAGAUGGACCCAAUGCUCAAGGGAGAUGUGGACGACAUGGAGAAAAUAGACGCAGAGGAUGGUGAGCCCGGGGACCAGGCUGCUGAGGGGGAUGCGGACAAAGACACGAAUGCUGAUCAGAAGAAUAAGAAGGGUGUUAAGAGACGCCGGGAGGAACAUGGAAGGGGCUACUUUGAAUUUAUUGAAGAGAACAAAUACAGCUGGGCCUCAUUUAAGUCUCCUGUGCCACCCCUGGAGGAAGAAGAUGAGGAGUUUGAUGACACAAAAGUCUGCCUGGAUGCCUACAACUGCGACCUACACUUUAAGGUGUCACGAGACCGUUACAGUGCCUCAUCUCUCACAAUGGAGAGUUUUGCUUACCUGUGGUCUGGAGGCAAGGCCACCUACGGCGUGAACAAAGGCAAAGCCUGCUUUGAGAUGAAGAUCACAGAGAAAAUACCAGUAAAGCACAUUACCAGCAAGAACAUGGAGAUUCACGAUGUGCAAGUCGGCUGGUCCCUGGCUACUGGCACCCUGCUCCUGGGUGAGGAGGAACAUUCUUAUGCGUAUUCUGGGAAAGGCAAGAAGACCACCAACUGUGUGACGGAGGACUUUGGAGAAACCUAUGAGGAGAAUGAUGUCAUCUGCUGCCUUAUUGACUUUGAAGGUGAGGAGUUGGCGUUGUCCUUCUCCAAGAAUGGCGGGGAGCCGGCUGUCGCUUUCCAGGUCAGCAAAGACACUCUGAACGGCCAGGCCCUUUUCCCCCACAUCAUCUGCCACAAUUGUGCUGUAGAGUUCAACUUUGGCCAGAUGGAGACUCCGUACUUCCCUCAGCCCCAGGGCUACACCUUCCUGCAGCAGAUCCCUGUGAGUGAACGAGUCCGGGGUCUGAAGGGGCCACAGACCAAGGCUGACUGCGAGAUCAUAGUGAUGGUCGGCCUGCCAGGCUCAGGGAAGACUACAUGGGUGAAGAACCAUGUCCAGGAGAACCCUGGGAAAUACUACAUCCUGGGCAGUGACACCAUUGUGGACAAGAUGAUGAUCAACAGCCUGAAACGCCAGUCAAAGGACAUUACAAAACUGACUGCCAUUUCCCAGCGAGCACCACUUUUCUUGGGAAAGUUUAUUGAGAUUGCUGCCCGCAAGAAGAGAAACUACAUCCUGGAUCAUACUAACCUGUCUGCCCCAGGCCAGAAGAGGAAGAUGUGCUUGUUUGCAGGUUUCCAGCGCAAGGCUGUGGUGGUCUGCCCCUCUGACAACGACUACAAGCAGAGAGUCCAGCAGAAGGUUGAGAGUGAUGGCAAAGAAGUGCCUGAACAUGCUGUCCUCAAAAUGAAAGGCUUCUACUCUCUGCCUGAGGAGGGAGAGAGCUUCAGUGAGGUCAUCUAUGCUGAGCUGCAGAAGGAGGAGGCUGCCAAGCUACUGGAACAGUACAAAGAGGAAAGCAAGACAGCUCUGCCGGCUGAGAAGAAACCCAACCAGGGAAGCACAACACCAAAAAGAGGCGGCGGUCUGCGUGGUGGUGGCCGGGGAGGCAAGAACCAGUUUAGCCGCGGCGGUGGACCCGGACAGAGAGGUGGUGGCCGUGGAGGCUUCCAGAACAGAGGCAACUUUAGAGGAGCUCCUGGCCCUCGUGGCAGCUUCAACCGUCCACCUCGCGGCUUCCUGCCUCCCCCAGCCUUCAGAGGAGGGUUCCCCAACCGCGGAAACUUCAAUCGGGGUGGCCCCAUUCCCAGCCUGGGCGGAUCCCCCAGGGGCGGGCCAAUGAGGGGUAACAUGGGACCCAGAGGGGGGGCCAUGAACAGAGGUGGCCCAAUGCACAGAGGGAGCAUGACCAGAGGAGGUGGAGCCAGCAUGAAUCGUGGUGGAAACAGGGGACAUCCCAGCCAGUUUCAGCCGAGAGGUGGUCACCGUGGCAACUUUGGCAACAAGAAUGGCAACUUUGGUAACAACAGGAACAGUGGCAACUUUGGCAACAGGAAUGGCAUGGACAAGGCUCAAGCCUUCAACCAGAGCUGGCAGCAAGGGUUCUGGAACCAGAAGCCGUGGAGCCAACAGUAUCAGCCUGGAUAUUAUUAAGACACUUGUUCUAACGGACUGGUGGCCGACACUGAGACCCACCGCUAGCCACGGAACAUCCUCCACCCCGCUUUUUGAUUUUCUUUUCUUAGAACCCACUUUUAAUAAUCUAAAACCCACCAACUGAAGACUAAAGCGAUAUGGAGCAACAACAUUCCACAUCAGAGGAGACCAGGCAACCUGAGUGUAAUUGAAGCUUUAUAUAUCUAUAUGUACGACGUGGGUUCAGUCUCAUUAAAUAAUCUGUUUUAUUUCUUUUGUUGUAUAUUUUAUUAUCUUUUUUUUCACUACUUUUAAAUGUGUUUUUAAAAAAAAAAAAAAAUCUCAUGUUUAAUAUCAGGAACCAGAAACAUUUUGCCAGCUGGCAGAUGUUAAAGAUUUUUUUUUUUUUUUUUCCCUCCAGGGUUGUGCAUUUUAUCUGUGCUGUGGUUUUUGUUUAGCCUUUUUUUUUUUAUUACAAAUUGUAAAUAUUUUUUGGGUUUUUUUUUUUUUGUUUGUUUUUUUGCGUAGUUUGUAUGACAAGUUUAAGAAACAGUAAUGAUUUGAAAGGAACCUUGGCUUAUUAGCGAAGCAUGAUAGGUGAUUAUAUUGUUAGACUGUACAUGUCAAUAUAGUCCGCUGUCAAACAGUUAAAACUGAAGCAACAAAUUAAUUCCAGCAAGUUUUUGUCUUCUGUUCCCAGUAUCACACCUGUAACCUAAACUCCAUAGACCUACAAUAAACAACUCUUUGGCUUUUUUACAUUCUUCCUGGCUUAUGACUUUUGAUUCAGUUCAAAGGUGUGUAAAAGACCUUUGACUGGGUGAUGUCCUAGUUUGCUACUUCAAACAGUAUGGACAUCAGCCCCAUUACAAGCCCCAGUUUACACCUCAUUAGUAAAGUAUUCCCAUCAACUGUCCUGUCUUUGGUAUGUCUUUUCCAAUCCCUUUGUUAUUCUAAUGUAUAUUUGUUUGAGAAAGUAUUUUGGCCAAGCCAUUUUAAGGAUAUAAGUAAGCCAUGUUUAGUACCACAUUAUGCAUUUUUAAUUUUCUUUUUAAAUGUCUUAAUUUAUCUUUGCAAAAUAAGGGCACUGACUAAGCUUGAUAGGAAGUGUGGUUCCAAGAUUCUUUAUCAACGGUUCCUUUUUAGUGCAGUAGACUUCUGAAAAACAGCAAGCACUGAUCAGUCUAAUUACAAACCAGAACCAUAAUUGCAUUUUACUUUUUAUUUGAUUUAUAUAAACGCCACUACUUCAAUUUUGAACAAAUUUCUGCUGAUGCUAGUACAGCACAAAAGUGAUUGAAAGCAGGCAGGGGUUACUCAUUUUCACCAGCAAACCUAAAGGGCUACACAGUAUCACAACUCAUCCACUAUUAACACCACCAACAGUUCAUGAAGACCUUUACAGACUGAUGGGAGAAGAAGCAGAGGGUAAUGUUUUGUCAACUUAAAGGCAUUAUUGUGUUGUUUGGAAGCACCCCAGAGUUCAUGUUGGUGACUGUGUGGCCCGGCAAUAAUGGCAGCUCCUCAUCCAACUGCUCAUAAUGUGUCCCACCACGUUAUGCAGGCAGAGGAUACCCAGCUUGUGUUACAACACUAGAACAACAUCAGAGCUGGGGAAACACCAUAACAGUAGAUCUGACAAAAUGUGGUCAUGUGUUUCCAUUGCUUUUAUUUUUUACCUGCCCGUGUUAUUUAAUAUACAUGUAAAUACUUCACUAUUUCAACCAUGCACGAAUGUUCAUUAAUUAAUUGACUUCGAGUGAUAACUGUAUUGUGAUUAAGAAACUGUUAGUUUGCCCGAGUACUGCUGUGUGAUGAAUUGUCAACUAUACUUAAUUGUCUGGAGAGUUUGUGCCCUCCUGUUUUAUUGUACUGGAUACAUAAAUCUAGCAGAAUGCAAGCUUUGCAUUUACAGUAUAAUCUACAAUACAGACACUAUAUUUUUAUCGCUUUAUGUUGCAGGUUGUAUAUCAGGUCUUUUAUGAUUAAACCAACAAUGCAAAAGCUUUGAAACUUU